AUGUCUAGAGAAGCGAAAAUCUCGUGGUCCAACACCUCUGCUAUUUUUGCUAUAUGUCUCGGGAGCAUGACAUAUGGCUACGUUCUCAGCAUCAUCUCGACUACUCUCGGCCAACUCAACUUUUAUGCUUAUUUUGGCUUGACUGCCAAUACCAUGGCCAGUAACUAUUCUCACACUGCCAGCAUUGUCGGGGCUAUCAAUGGCCUUUUGUCAGCGGGUGGGGUGUUUGGUUCAUGUUUCAUGGCAUGGAUGAGCGAGGCUCGUGGCCGCAAGCCUUCGCUUGUGGUUGCGAGAGUCGUCACUCUGAUCGGGUGCAUUUUGCAAACUACUUCAGUCCGUAUUGCCAUGUUUCUGGUGGCUAGAUUUGUCACCGGCCUGGGUGCAGGCAUGCUCAUUACACUGGUCCCUGUCUUCCAAGCCGAGAUUGCACCUCCUUCGACUCGAGGGUUCCUCGUAGCACAGAAUGGUGUUAUCAUCGUCGUUGCGUAUUCGAUUGCGGCUUGGGUUGGUGUGGGCUGCUAUUAUGCCACCAACGCAGCUUUUCAAUGGCGGUUUCCCCUGGGUCUGCAGUGCUUGUGGCCACUCUUGAUGCUCGUCACUCUGCCGGUGGUUCCUGAGUCGCCUCGUUGGUUGCUGUUCCAAGACCGGCGUGACGAAGCCUGGGCCAUCAUCUCCAAGCUGCAUGGCGUCACUGAUAACCAACAACUCUUUGCUCGAGAGGAAUUUUACCAGAUUUCGCGACAAGCAGACGCUGACAAACUGUUGAGCACUCACGAGAGUCUGCUUGACCUUUUCCGCAAGCCGAGUCACCGCAAAAGAAUGUUUUGUGCUUUCGUCACCAUGUUCGCUGCACAGGCUCCCGGUAAUCUUGUCCUCGACGACUACAGCGUCAUACUAUACCAGGGUUUGGGACAGAAAGGUGGCGUGCCGCUCAUAUUGGGAGCGGCAUACUGCACUAUCGCUGCAUUCCUCAACUACGUAUGUGCAGUGCUGAUCGACAGAGUUGGAAGGGUUCGGUUGAUGAUUAUCGGUCUCUCGGGCUGUGUUCUCUGUCUCGCAAUCGAAUCAGCGCUCGUUGCUGAAUAUGCCGGGACGCAGAACAAAGCCGGUCUAAGCGCAGGCGUAUUCAUCCUCUUCUUUUAUAUCUUUUGCUACGGAGGCUGCAUCGAUGCCAACACUUACGUCUACUGCGCGGAGAUCUUUCCGACACAUAUCCGAGCCAAAGGCAUGGCUUUCUCGAUCAUCGUGCUCUACUUAUGCACUAUUCCUUACCUCCAGGCAGCUCCUUACGCCUUUGCAACGAUCGGCUGGAAGUACUAUCUUGUCUUCAUCUGUUUGACGACGGUUUGUAUUCCUAUCAUCUGGAUGACUUUUCUCGAGACGAGGGGAUUCUCCUUGGAAGAGAUCAACGAGAAGUUCGGCGAUCACGUCGAGAUCCACUUAACCCACAUCACAACCAAGGAGAAAGCUGAACUGGAUAUGGUAGUUGAAUCCAAUGUCCGUGCCACCGCCAAUGCAGAAGCUGGGAUAGGUAAUCCGGCGAAGGAGUCUCCGGAUCAGGACCAUAGUCACUACGAAUAUGCAGUUACGACUCUGGCUAAGACCUAG